AUGACACAUGGAAUCAAGUUGGCAGUGUUCAUUAGGGGUGGGAACCUAAGGGAGCGAGAUGAGCAUCGAGGUGAUGAGAGGAGAAGGAGAAACGAGCCCACAGACGAGAGGCGGAGAGACCGGUCUCGCGACAGAGGAAGGGACCAAGACCGAUCUCGAGACCGAGAGAGGCCACAUGACCAUAAUCGUGGCCGAGAGAGGAGAGGCGACAGAGGUACGUUUGCCUCGCAGCAGGCGGAGCGACAGCAGCACGAAGAGCGGCGGCGAGAGCAGCGUCAGAGACGAGAGGAAAACCAAGAACCAGAGUUUGGUCAAACAGAGGAAAGCAACGAGGACUCUGCUCCUGCUGCCGACAAAGAAAAACCCAACUUUGAACUGUCCGGAGCUCUCACAGAAGACACCAACACCUUCAGAGGAGUCGUUAUCAAAUACAACGAACCUCCAGAAGCUCGGAUUCCUAAAAGGAGAUGGCGGCUGUACCCCUUUAAGAACGACGAGCCGCUCCCCGUCAUGUACGUCCACAGACAGAGUGCUUACCUCAUGGGGCGCCAGAGGAAAAUCGCUGAUAUCCCCAUUGACCACCCGUCCUGCUCCAAGCAGCACGCAGUCUUCCAGUACAGGCUGGUGGGGUACACGAAGAAGGACGGCACCUCCGGCCGCAGGGUGAGGCCCUACAUCAUCGACCUUGGAUCCGGCAACGGCACGUUCCUCAACAAUCAGCGCAUCGAGGCGCAGCGCUACUACGAGCUGAAGGAGAAGGACGUCCUGAAGUUUGGCUUCAGCAGCAGAGAGUACGUCCUGCUGCACGAGUUCUCCGACACCAGCGAGGUGGACGCGCCGCAGCGCGAGGAGGAAGACGAGGAUGAAGGAGUGGACGAGGCGGGCGAAGAGCCAAACGAGUGA